AUUUCAGGAUCGCACAAUAAUUACCCUAAUAGUAAAUGUCAUUUAUUAGGUUCGAUUUGUCACAUUUAAAUGCAAAUAUAUUCCAUCGUAAGCACUGGUAGCAGAAGAUUUCCUAUAUAAAACACAAACAUUGUCUUUCCCUCCAUUGUUUUUAGUGCAAUUCUUUCAUGGUUUUACUAUUGCAACAGGUAGCAUCCCUCUCCUCUGUUCUUUUCCAAUUUGUUCUAUUUCCCCUUCUCUUUCUUUAAUUCUUUUGUUAUCAGAUUUUUUUUUUCCUUUUUUCUAAAUGGUGCGAUUAUUUUAGACAGGUUAUAGCUAGCUAGAGCAAGAUAUGCAGUCCAUCUCAAGUUAUUAUACGAAGCAAAUCAGCUUCCCAAAAGGCCAAGGAGUAUUCCCAGUGAAUACUAUCUACUCCAAAAGCUUCUUUAAACCAAAAUCAAAGGCAGAGACUAAAGUAAUUGCAGCCAAGAAACACAGUGACUCAGAGAGAAGACGAAGGAUGCGAAUCAAUGGUCAAUAUGCCACUCUUCGUACCGUCCUCCCAAACUUGAUCAAGAUGGACAAGGCAUCUGUGCUUGCUGAGACGGUCCGGCAAGUAAGAGAGCUGAAGAAGGCCGUGGCAGAAGUGGAAGCAGCAUGUCGCCACAGUGACAGUGAUGAAUGUGUUUUACCAGGUGGGGUUGACAAGUUGAGUUUGGAGCAGUGUGAUGGAGAGCAAGAAGGGCUUGUGAAGGCAACAUUGAGCUGUGACGACAGGCCAGGGCUGAUAUCGGACAUGACAAGGGCACUGAGCUCUGUGAAAGGGAGGGUGGUGAGGGCUGAGAUGGUGAUAGUGGGUGGAAGGAGUAAAAAUGUGUUGUGGAUUCAAGGGUUGAGUGAUGGAAAAGAAGGGAUGGUGACGCUACGGAGGGCAUUGAAGGUGGUUAUUGACAGGCCUAUUUUUGCAGGGCUUAGUAAGAGGUUUCAUCUUCCUCAGUGAUUUGGUUGUGAGUAGAGCUAAC